AUGUAUAAUUACAUGAAAUCAAACAAUCUACCAGUUGACCAGAAACAGAGAAAAUUAACUCAGUUAGCAUCAACACACAACCAAUAUCAACCAUUUUCUUCUUAUUAUCUUUGGUAUCUAAUAGACAGAUUUCAUUUUAUCAUUGAUGACAUUCAAUCAAUUUUAACAUUUACGAAAAACACUUGUUUUAAUGAAUUUGCGAACGAAUUUAUGAACGAAAGACAAAAGGCUGAAUUAGAAGGAAAUAAAGGAAAAAGUUUAUUUUGCAAGAUUUCACUUAAUGGAUCAUAUGGUUACGAUGCAAUGAAUACACAAAAUUACGCAAAGACUAAAAUAAUGAAUGCACAGAAGGCACGCGUUGCAUGUAUGUCAAAUAAGUUUAAAAACAUAAGAGAAAUAGGUGAAGAUACGUAUCAAGUGAUGCUUAAAGAUAGAUUUUAUAGAUGUGAUACAUGUUUACAAGAGGCAUUCUUCACUUUAGAUAAUGCUAAAUACUGGUAUUUGGUUUUCAUUUAUGAUUUUAUGUAUAAAUGCAUGGAUGUUAAUCGUUUUCAUUUCAUUGAAGGUGAUACUGAUUCAUCUUAUUGGGCAAUCGCUGGCGAUCCAAGUCUUCCUAACACUCAAGCAUUUCAAGCAAUUGUUACUGAUAAACAAUUUUAUGAUAAAAACAUUUACAAAUUCGCACCUUUUGAUUUCUUCUGUUUUGAUGAGAAAUUUAAACCUAAAUUAAAGAAUAAAGCUGAAGAAAAAGCACAUGAGAAGAAGUUAUUGGGUUUAGCAAUUGAGAAACAAGGUGAUAACAUGGUUGCUUUAUGCCCUAAGUGUUAUACAUCAUUCAACGGUUCAAUUGAUGGAGGUGAUUUUAAAAAGAUUGCACAAAAAAUGAAAGGUGUUAGUUUACGACAAAAUAAACAAUUAACACCUAAAAAUUAUUUGGAUAUAAUAAAUGAUAAA